AUACUGCGCCUGCGCAGUGGGGCUCGGUGCUGGCGUCCUGCGCUUCUGUGAGGUCCGGUUGGCGGGCGGUGACCCCAUGGCUGACCCCCAGGAGGAAUCGAAACCCCUUUUAAGCCGGGUUCGCGGCGGCAGCGGCCGCGACCACCCAGAAGGCGCACCCGCUUGCCGCAGCGUCCAAGUCGGCCCUGGCACCACAGCCAGGCGGGAUCUGUGCUUGGACCAGGCCGUGGUCUUCAUCGAAGACGCCAUCCAGUACCGCUCCAUUAACCACCGCAUGGACGCCAGCUCGCUGUGGCUCUACCGGUGGUACUACUCCAGCUUGUGCCAGUGGAUUCUGAGCUUCACUAUUUUCUUGAUCCUGUUUUUGGCUUUUAUUGAGACCCCUUCCUCGCUCACCAGCACCGCGGAUGUCCGCUACCGCCCGGUGCCCUGGGAGCCGCCCUGCGGCCUGACCGAGGGCCUGGAGGCGCUCUGCCUGCUGGUCUUCGCUGCCGAUGUCUCCGUGAAGAGCUAUCUGGUGGGGUGGGCCCAGUUCCGGAAGAACCCCUGGCUGCUGGCCUACCUCGUGGUGCUGGUUGUGUCUCUCAUGGACUGGAUCGUGUCGCUGAGUCUCGUUUGUCACGAGCCCCUGCGGGUGCGCCGGCCCCUGCGCCCCUUCUUCCUCAUGCAGAACUCCUCCAUGAUGAAGAAGACGCUCAAGUGCAUCAGGCGGUCGCUGCCGGAGAUGGCCAGUGUCGGGCUGCUGCUGGCCAUCCACCUGUGCCUCUUCACCAUGUUCGGGAUGCUGCUGUUCACCAGCGAGAAGGACGCCGGGCAGGACAAGGAGAGGCUGACCUACUUCCGCAACCUGCCAGAGGCUCUGACGUCCCUGCUGGUGCUGCUGACCACCGCCAACAACCCCGAUGUGAUGAUUCCUGCAUAUUCCAAGAACCGGGCCUACGCCAUCUUCUUCGUAGCCUUCACUCUGAUAGGGAGCUUGUUUCUGAUGAACCUGCUGACGGCCAUCAUCUACAAUCAGUUCCGGGGCUACCUGAUGAAAUCUCUCCAGACCUCGCUGCUGCGUAGGCGGCUGGGGACUCGGGCAGCCUACAAGGUCCUCUCCGUGACAGCAGCGGGAGAGGCCCACCCCGAGGGAGUCGGGGUGAAGCCCCAGGACUUCCUGCAUGUGCUCCAGAAAGUCCAGCUGAACAGUGACCACAAACAGGCCAUCAUGGAGAAGGUGCGUUCCCACGGUGGUGACCUGCUGUCAGCUGAUGAGUUUCAGGAACUCUUUGAUGAGUUUGAUAAAAGGGUGAUUAAAGAGCCCCCGCCGCGGCCCGAGUACCAGUCUCCGUUUCUGCGGAGCGCCCAGUUCGUCUUCAGCCACCGCUACUUCGACUACCUGGGCAACUUCAUGGCCCUUGGCAACCUCGUGACCAUCUGUGCGUUCCUGGUGUUGGAUGCAGACGUGCCGCCCGAGGACCGUGACGACUUCGUGCUGGGGAUUCUCAACUUUGUCUUCAUCCUGUACUAUCUGCUGGAGCUGCUGCUCAAGGUGUUGGCUUUGGGCCUGCGGGGGUACCUGGCACACCCCAGCAACGUGUUUGACGGGCUCCUCACUGUCGUCCUGCUGGUUUUGGAGAUCUCCACUCUGGCUGUGUACCGAUUCCCUCACCCGGGCUGGAAGCCGGAGAUGCUGGGGCUGCUGUCUCUGUGGGACAUGACGCGGCUGGUGAACAUGCUCCUCGUCUUCCGCUUCCUGCGCAUCAUCCCCAGCAUGAAGCUUAUGGCUGUGGUGGCCAGUACCAUCAUGGACCUGAUCAAAAACAUGCGGGCUUUUGGUGGGAUCCUGGUGGUGGUCUACUACGUCUUUGCCAUCGUCGGCAUCAGCCUGUUCCGAGGCGUCGUUGUGGCUCCUGGAAAUAGCAGAGCCCCCACCCCGUGCCCCUUUCUGGACCUGCAGGCCAGGCUGCCCGCUGGCUCGGGGCGUCCAGCGCCAGGCCUGAACUGUAGGGCCGAGAGGCCCCCUCACUGGCCGCUGGCGGGGAAGCCUGGCCCCUGCCAACGGCUCAGCGCCCUGCGGGAGCUUCGAGCAGCUGGAGUACUGGGCCAACAACUUCGACGACUUUGCUGCUGCCCUGGUCACUCUGUGGAACGUGAUGGUUGUAAACAACUGGCAGGUGUUCCUGGACGCCUUCCGGCGCUACGCGGGCCCGUGAGUGACCCUGUCCUGGCGCCCCUCACGCCGGCCCCAGCACAGCGCAGGGUGCCCGACUGCAGCUCUGUGCAGGGUGUGGUCGAAGGUCUAUUUCGUGCUGUGGUGGCUGGUGUCGUCUGUCAUCUGGGUCAACCUGUUUCUGGCUCUGAUUCUGGAGAACUUCCUUCACAAGUGGGACCGCCGCAGUCACCUGCAGUCCCUCACGGGGGACUCGGAGGCCACCUCUCAGAUGACGGUGGAGCUCUUGUUCAGGGAUGUCCUGGAGGAGCCCACGGAGGAGGAGCUGAUGGAGAAACUGAGCCAUCACCCGCACCUGCAGCUGUGCAGGUGACAUCCUGGUGUGCCCUCCCAGCGGGGGCGCGAUGCGGCCUCGGGACGGACACCGACCAUGGGAGGAGGCGGGUGGCGGCCCCAAAGAGAUCUUUCCCUUGGACAGAACCACUGGGCGCACCUGAGGCCGGGAUGGAACGCAGGCCCUGGUUUGCUCCCGAGCAGAAUCACCCCCACAGCUUCGGGCGCCAUCCACGCCACCUUUCCUGGUCACCUGUUUCCAUGAGACUUGCUUUUCUAAACGUGGAAAGAGAGUGACUCCACAGGGACCUUUCAGACAGUCUGAAAAGCAAGACACAGCGGCCUUCCCUGCCUGCCCUGUGAUUGCCGUGGUGCCUUCACUGCUGGCGGCCCUCAGGGACCGGAGGCCCACGUGAGGCCUGCACAAGCCGACCGGCAGCUUUCUGGGGCAUUAAGCUUGGGGUCCUGGCUUUACACGAUGGGAAUCUGGAGUGUGUUUUACUAUUUUCUGGGUUGUAGCAGUGUGAUUGGCUGUGUUUCUUAUGUGUCAGAGUGGCAGUCAUUUUCAUCAGUAAGUCUUGCAAAGGAUGGGCUUGUCACCCUUACUCAGACACAGCCUGCUCCGGAUGCGCCUCUGGACUGGGGCUGCCUGGGCCCAGCCUGUCAGGACCAGAGUUGUGGUUGGACCAGCCCUGGGGUUCUUACAAUGAUUGCAAGAUGCCUUUCAGCAACAACCAUCAGGAAACUUUGAAAAAAUAAAGGUUUGUUACUUACAA